CAUGUUUGUCGAGAAGGGUAGACGUGAGGAAAAGUGGAAAUCGAACGAUUGAUGCACUUGUAAAACGGCGAGUUCGCUAUGUUUCGAUCAACGUUCGAUGAGUAUUAUAGUAAAACGUACCAAAAUCUCAGACCUCUGGGUUGCACCUUGCAUUUUGCACCUCGGUGUGAGGUAUAAGACGGCCCAGGGGGUUUGUGAUACGGUUGGCACCUCGUUAGCUAAUUUGGCUAGCCAUGCUAACGCUAGCUGGUUAGCUUUGUUUACAUCAAGUGCGCCUGGCAGAUUCUGCUAGUUAACUUUAAACCAGACUAAUUUGUAAACGAAGCAGCGGCUCAACUUUCAGUUGAUCGCCGACGAGGAGACAGAGUUGGGUAGUAAUUGAGCUGCAUGACUAUAAUCGACAAUCUGGUGUGUAAAACGUUUGAUGUACGAGGCUAACAUUAGCUUCUCAAUGCUAACCUAUUGAUCAUGGGUCUUUCGACCAUUCGAUUUAUUGUUACCCCGUAUGCUGGUUAGCGGAUGUACACUACUAUAAAUUAGUGAGCAAAUGCUCCAAAUUAGUCGAGUCUUUGUUUGUGAUAUGAAAGACGUCGUCGAUAAGAAGUGACGACAACGAACCGGUGAUGCUAACAUAAGCUAGUCACCUGCCGAGCUAGCUAACGUGCGUGUGUAGUGAUACUGCUUCACCAUGUUCGUUGUCUCAUAAUGUCUGGAAGUAAUUCACAUUUCAGUCUUUCCAACAAAUAUUUGGGCGUCUAACUGUUGCAUCGCCUGGACUCUCAUUCCUUUAACACCCCACGACUUUGCUGUUUGCAGCCGUGUCGCUCUGAGCGACCGGAUAUUUCCCCUGGACAGUGUUUCCUCAAGGCUGGAGGAGCAUACCGCUAUGAAUCCCAUUAAUGCAACCGCUCUUUAUGUGUCUGCAAGCCGGGCCGUGCUGCAGUGCGACCCGCGGCAGCCUCACACCUUCGCAGAGAUGUACAAGCUGCUACCCUUCUUCCGACAGUCCCUCGCAUGUCUAGUCUGUGGUAAACUGCUCCAGGAUCCUAUUUCUCCCACACACCCAGAGUGUCAGCAUUAUGUCUGCUUGGGCUGUAAAGGCCAGAAGAUGCAGAUCAGGCCAUCAUGCAGCCGCUGUAAGGACUAUUGUUACUUCCAAGAGAACAAACAACUUUCUUUACUGGUUCAGUGCUACAGGAAGCUCUGUCUCUAUGUAACUCAUUCACCAUUGCUGCAGUCAAUCAGCAGCCAUGUGGGAGGGUCUCCAGAGGUUAUGGCCUUGUUAGAGGAGGUGCUAAUAUCACACAAAGAAGAGAUGGAAUCAGAGGAUGCUAGCCUAGAAAAAGAAGAUGUGAAGCUGUCUGCUCCUGAAUCCCUUACCCCCACAGAGGCACCACCUGCUCCUGCAGAGCUGUCAGCUGAUCCCCAGAGCUCCUCUUCUGACCCUCCCUGCUUCAAUGGACCACAGGAAUGCAAUGGAGAAGCACUGGAGGACCUCGCUCCUUCAUCCCCAGAGCUGGAAGUAUGUGAGCUUGUGGAGGAGCAGCCACAUGCAGAGCUGUCUGUAUCGGAUACUGCUUGUGAAGGUUUGGAACUGAGUCUGACCACUGUACCUUUAGCCCCAACACCAGGCACUGUGUGCUCACUCAGGGAUGGGGAAUCUAGUAGCAGGGAGCUGGAGGAGGGAGAAGUGUUGCUCCUCAGUGUAGAGGAGGUGUUACAGACUUUGGAUCCACUUCAGCCCACGCGAGAUUCUCUUCAUGCACAGCCAGAAAGGACACACACUCACACACAUGUGACCACGGACAGAGCACACACUCAGAUGUACAUACAACUGGAUGCAGCCCACAACUACACCCAGAUUCAUACUGGCAGGACUAACACGGUGACAAACCGUGGUGUUCACAUACACACCUCUUCCUUCAAUCCUCCUCCAGCCUCUAAGCCCAUGCCAGUCCGCCUUAACCGCAAGCGAUCUCGAUCAGAGAGUGACAGGGAAAAGGUGAAACCCCUCUCUAUCACCUCUAUCUUGCAGGGCCCUCCUUCAAAGGUGAACACUCCAAACCCUUCUCACACACUGCACACAAAACUACCCACACCUUCCAGUACUGUACCAGCACACACAUACACGCUUUCCAAUGGGGCACCUCCCAAGCCCAGCCGCCCUGCCCAGAACUACAAUAAAGGUGCCAGGAAGCAUGUGGAACAGAGCCCCAAGAAACCCCAUGCCAAGGCCCGCAGUAGUGGAGGCUCCAAGGCCAAGGACCGAAGCAAAGACCAGCGACCAAUGCCAGGCUGCCUGGUGCCCACAGCUCCUGUCCGACCUCCAUACAAGAAGCCAGUAGAGAAGAAGGGCUGUAAAUGUGGUAGAGCCACUCAGAACCCAUCUGUGUUGACCUGCAGGGGGCAGCGCUGUCCCUGUUACUCCAACCGCAAGGCUUGCUUGGAUUGUAUAUGUCGAGGUUGCCAGAACUCCUACAUGGCCAAUGGUGAGAAAAAGCUUGAGGCCUUUGCUGUGCCAGAGAAGGCCUUAGAACAGACACGGCUCACACUUGGCAUCAACCUGACCAGUAUCACAGCGGCCGCAGCGCUCCGCAAUCCAGCAACCACCAGCAUCCGCGCUAACACCCUCCUCAAUGUCGCCACAGCAACAGGGACACCUGUCACAACAGCCUUCCUGUCUCCUAGCCCCCCACAAGAUCCCAACUUUGAUGACAGCCUGGAGCUGCUUAUUGGAUGAGAGGCCGGAACUCCAAAAAUAGACAGCUUGGUGCCGAUUAAAUGUGAUAGCUGAUCAUUUUUUCUGUCAGACAACCCGUACCUCCCAUCCUCAGUGGAGGUAAUCUAAGGCAGCUAUGGGUCUGUCUGGUUUUGUAACCUGCUAUUCUUCUGUGUUGGAAAAUGCUGAGUAGUAAGACUAGCAUGGGUGUGCCAAAGCCUCCUGUAUUGUGCCUGUGCGCUGUUGUGUAUGUGUUGCCUGUCUGUAGUUCAAGACUUAUGCUAUGUUCCAAGGAUGUUCUGUACUUCAGAGGUGCUUUGUUUUUAAUAGAGCAGAAACAUACUCGAAGAUGGCAAUAGAAACCCAUACCACGUUUUGUUUGUGUGCACACAAACAUACAUCCAACUAUGUAUAUGCAUGUGUGGAUUUUUUUUCCCUCCAAAAUUUGGUGCAUAAUGUCAACAACUGCAGCAUCAUAGGCUGCAGCAUUUUUCCAGUGCGAUUAUUACUCCCACAUAUGUAUAAGAAAUGCAUUUUUGGUAUCAGGACAACCCUUACUAACCCUAUAUGUGUUAACACCUUGUGAACAACACUUCUAAUGUAUGAAGAUAAUCUGUCUAAUACAAGACUGUAUGCCUUUUCUGUUCCAUUACUUCAAUCAAUCCAAGUACUGUCAGCUGUUAAUAUGUCUUAAUGAACUUGACUGAUGCAGGUAUUGUACAUUCAGCAAGAUAAUGUCAAAGCACUUGACUGACUUCAUGAUUUUUGUGUGUGUGCAGAAAUUAAGUCUAAUAUCAGUUGGGAUGAAGAGGGUGAGUUGUAAGCACUUAGACUGACAGCCCAAAUUACAACUCCACCCUUUUUGGUUACCAUAGCAAUAGAAGAAUUAACAAGGAGCCCCACCUGCUCCUGUGCACACAGUUGUUUACAUAGUAUUCCCAUUACAGACUAUACCUGUCUUCAUAAAGAAUACACCUGUUUUAUUUGAUUGUACAUGACUGUUUCUAGAUAAAACUGAAGCCAUAACUUCAAACAUUGGUUCUCAUAAAAAGAAAAUAUCUGUCCACUGCAGUUUAGGUCCCAACUGAUCAGAGACCAAUUCAAGAGAUUAUUUUUGAUACCGAGUGUUACAGAUUUGGUACCGGUGUCUUUUUUUUUUCACAGUGAAGCGCUCUAAUAAUCCACAAGGCUGUGUGUUGUCCAUGUUUGCGUUUACUGUCUCAGCUAUAACUGUUUGUCCAGUCAUGGUGACCAAAAAGACUGAGAAGAGGAUGUGGGUUUACCACACAAACACCUUGGCUCUCCACUUAUGAACCAAGAAUUAGCAGGUGUAUUACAGUAUGAUCAGUAGAAAUGACCUAUCUUCCUGUGUGUGUUUCAAAAUGUAUUUCUUUUGGGCAUUACUUGAACCCUGAUUAGUUUUUGGUAUUUUUGUUCUUUUUGACGUUUGAAUAAACAUGUUUGAGGAGUGACAAAUAUUGCUAAAACAUUCACUGCCAUACUAUGGAGACGUAAAACAUGAAUUAAAAGAUAGUUUUUUACUUUUUCA